AGGAUCAAUGCUUACGGGACAGGGGAUCGGAACCCCAGAACCGGUCGGGAAUGGUGGUGGCAGUGCAGGCCCCACCCGAUCGUCAACCAACGACUGUACGGCCCCGGGGGCAAACCAGCCCGGGUGCUCGGCAACAGCUACUGGGAUACCACUGAGGAGUGAUGGGACAUUGACGAGAAUGUUCAGCAAAAUGUCAGAAGCCGUGAAGGACGGUACUAGACGGGGGAGCCUGACAACUCCAGGUAGCCCGAAUGUCUCUACGGAAUUAGUAAGGUGUAACUCGUUGAAUACGGACAAGAAGCGAAAGAACACAGAUACCUCUUUUAGUAGCGUUGAGGCGUAUAAGAUAAAGGAAAGUUCAGAGGUCUUUGUUAUCAUAGAAGCUCUAGGGGAAAUAACCAGGAUAGGGAAAACACUGGAGCAGCACAUGGAGCAGAAUACAAAGCGGGAAGUCAGGGAAGCAUGUGUAAGACUGAGCAGGCAAGUGGAGAUUAUCAACAGAAGGAUCGUUCAGAACUGGCUAGAAAAUCAUAGGUUCGAAAGAGUAGAAAAAAUGUUGAUUGACGUGGACACACAAACAGAAAACAAGGUCGAAUCAGAAAAGGAGAAGAUCAGUAUCGAAAAAAUAGACUCCUUCGAUGAUUAUGCAGCAGUAACAGAGGAAAAGUGGAAGGAUUAUAGCUACUCACAAACUAGUGUUAUGGUGGGAAACCCGGUAGCCACCAAAGACAGCACGACAAAAGUGGUUUUUGUUGAGAAAUCCGACCCAAACAUGGAUAAGGGGAUCCAAAAAUUAUUCAAGGAGCGCUGUCCGGAGUUGCUGAGCGAAAACAAAUUCGAUGUGGUAGAACAGCGCAUAUAUACACGCACAGGAGGCACGGAAAAGGAGUCCAGGAAAAAAAUAAUCAAAGCAUGGCAUAACGGCACGGAGGAAGACCUGUGGAACAACCUCUUAAAAAUCAAGGAGGAAACAAAGGACGACAGCGAGGUGGCUGUACACACGCUAAAAAGCGUGCGAACGGAAGCACUAAGGAGAAUGAUAGAAUGCAUUUUCCAUGGAAGGAAUACGAGGUUCGAAAUCUAUAGGCAAAAGGAAGACAGCAAGGGAGGAGAGGGGAAAAGCCUCACAUACGCCCUUGUGCUGGAAAACGCGGGGAAGACAUACGAAGACACAAUGAAGGAAGUAAAGGAGGCAGUAGGUAGUAACCCUGCCAAAAACAUAAUUAGAAAUAUACGCAGUACCAGGGAGGGCAAAAUGAUCAUCACGAUGGACAGGGACAAAGGCGCGAUGGAGGAAUUACAGAAGGCGAUAAAACUUAAGACGGAAAUGAGGGUUAGAGCGCCUGGACAGAAGCGCAAGGAGAUUAUAAGAGGAAUAGAGGGCACAGCAGGAAAGGAUGAGGUGGAGACUGCAAUAAAGGAUACCGUAAAAUCACUGGGAGAUAAAGAAUGGAACCUGAGCGAACUCAGACCAAGCUAUGGCAACAAUCAAACGGCAACGGUUACCGCGGACAGGGAGGUCAUAAAAGCGUUGGCAGACGCGGGGCACAUAAGGGUAGGUAUGGUCAGGUGCGAGGUUGUAAAGAGGGUGGAGCUGACCCGAUGCUACAAGUGCUGGGCUUACGACCAUCGUGCAGCCGACUGCAAAGGUCCGGACCGGUCUAAACUCUGCCACAAGUGUGGAAGAGAGGGCCACAAAAUUAGGGACUGCCCUAAUAAGGAAGCAUGCCUGCUGUGCAGCAAGGAACACCAAACCGGAUCCAGCAAAUGCCCAGCUUUCAACAAGGCCAUAAGGAGUGCCAGAGAGGCAGAAAAGAUAAAGACAGCCGAGCCACAACGGAGUUAA